UGGGGCGGGACGUCCGGGGCGGGCUCUGGGUGCCCUGUGCGGAAGGGUCCGGCCCGGCCCAGGUCGCAACAAAGCGACGGCGGUGCGGCAGGCCCGGCAUGGCGGCGUGGCCGGCCCAGCUCCGCCUCUGGCUGUUGCUGCAUCUACUGCCGCAGGUGUACUGUGAGUACGGGAUGGUACAUGUCCUUUCAGAGAAGGGGAGCAGUAAAGGAAAGGACUAUUGUAUUCUCUUCAACUCUCAGUGGGCCCAUUUGCCACAUGAUCUGGGUAAAGCUUCACUCUUGCAACUGCAGGAUCAGACAGCAUCUGUUUUGUGUUCUCCUUCUGAUGUACCCGAUGGGGGAUUUAAUAAUCAAAUACCCAUGGUGAUGAGAGGAAAUUGCACUUUCUAUGAGAAAGUGAGGCUUGCUCAGAUAAAUGGGGCUCGUGGGCUGCUGAUUGUUAGUAGAGAAAGACUGGUUCCUCCUGGAGGUAAUAGGAGUCAAUAUGAAGAGAUUGAUAUUCCUGUGGCUCUGCUUAGCUAUACUGAUAUGUUAGAUAUUGGCAAGAGUUUUGGCAGCUCAGUGAAAGGGGCAAUGUAUGCACCAAAUGAGCCUGUGCUGGACUACAACAUGGUGAUUAUCUUUGUCAUGGCCGUGGGGACUGUUGCAAUUGGAGGCUACUGGGCAGGAAGCAGAGAUGUGAAAAAGAGGUACAUGAAGCACAAGCGUGAUGAUGGGGCAGAGAAACAUGAUGAUGAAACAGUGGAUGUGACUCCCAUAAUGAUCUGUGUGUUUGUAGUGAUGUGCUGCUCAAUGCUCGUCCUCCUUUAUUUCUUCUAUGACCACUUAGUCUAUGUUAUAAUAGGAAUAUUCUGCCUGGCUGCCUCGAUUGGUCUUUACAGUUGUCUGUCUCCCUUCGUAAGAAGAUUCCCCUUGGGAAAGUGUAGAAUCCCAGACAACAACUUGCCUUAUUUUCACAAGCGUCCCCAGGUCCGGAUGUUACUCUUGGCAGUAUUUUGUAUCUCUGUCAGUGUAAUCUGGGGAAUCUUCAGAAAUGAAGAUCAGUGGGCCUGGGUUCUGCAAGAUGCUUUAGGAAUUGCUUUCUGUCUCUACAUGUUGAAAACAAUUCGCCUGCCUACAUUUAAGGGUUGUACCUUACUCCUCCUGGUUCUUUUUGUGUAUGAUGUAUUCUUUGUAUUUAUCACACCCUUUCUAACAAAGACUGGGGAGAGUAUAAUGGUGGAGGUGGCUGCAGGUCCAUCUGAUUCUGCCACUCAUGAAAAGCUCCCAAUGGUCCUGAAGGUUCCACGACUGAAUUCCUCACCAUUGGCUCUCUGUGACAGGCCUUUUUCUCUCCUAGGAUUUGGAGACAUUUUAGUUCCAGGCUUACUGGUAGCCUAUUGCCAUAGAUUUGAUAUUCAGGUGCAGUCAUCCAGAGUCUAUUUUGUAGCCUGCACAAUAGCAUAUGGCAUAGGCCUUCUUGUGACCUUUGUUGCCUUGGCACUGAUGCAGAUGGGCCAGCCUGCUCUUCUCUACCUGGUGCCCUGUACUCUGCUCACCAGCUUCGUGGUGGCCCUUUGGAGAAGGGAGCUUGCCAUGUUCUGGACGGGCAGCGGCUUUGCGAAAGAUCUACCUCAGCCUCCCAUGGUGAUAGCUCCUGUCAACUGCCCUCAGCUUCCCAAAGACAGCAGUGUACCAGCUUCUCAACAAGACACCGAACAAAUGACCAAUCCCACCCUCCAUGUGAAGGAGCUGCACAGCUCUGCCUCAGCUGAAGAGGAGUUGGCUGAUACCAGCGCAAAGACAGACCAGUCAGAAAUCUCUGUUGCCCACAGUGAGGAACCAACUGCUCAGAAUAAGGAUGACCUUGAAAGCAAAUGCCUAAAUGCAGAACAAAACCAGUUGGAAUAAGUGAUGUGAUAAGAACUCCUGCUUUCCUCACGAACAUAUCUAUAUAAAACCAGUAUGUAUUUAGGACUGGUUUAGUAGGGUUUACUUUCAUUGAGGAACCUCACUAGGAAUCUGAUCAUCAAAUCCAACAAGGAGUGUUCUGUCUCCAGCUUCGGUACAGCUGUAUACUUAAAACAUCUUUCUGAAAUAUGGUGCUCUCCAGGAGUUCUGAUAUGUGGGUUUCAAUGAUCACUUGUUAGUGAAUGCCUUUGACCAUUUGUUCCAUUUGCAUUAUAGCAGGGUAGCCUCAAGAGUCUUUAUUUACUCAGUACUCUGUGCUUGUGUGGCUGUUUCACUGCUUUAUCAUGGUGUAGGUUGACAUGCAGAAAAAGCAUUGAAUGAGUGUGCUACAAUGCUUACUUGAGAGAAAUACGGUCUCUUCUUCUUUUUGACACUUUCCUGUUGUCACCAUUUACUUUACUUCUCCUGACUUGUCAAAGCCGUUUAUAUAAGGGAAUGCAUUAUUAUAAACUGACAUUCAGGAAAUGCAGAGAAUGGUUAAGUUACCAUUACUCCAAAAGGCUUUAUGCUACCAUGGUGCAUUAAAUGCAUCUCUUAACUUUGUUGUCUUUGUUUUUACUUCUAGGUACCUGGGAUACUAGUUUAGUUUAAAAGGCAGGGUUAGUAGAGCUCCAGGAAGCUUUCUAAGCAUUCAUGAGAACUCUAAGGGCUCUAAUAAUAAACAGGAUUGGUCACAGAAUGCUGCCUGGAAGCAAAUGCAUAUUAGGAAUGUUUAGAAAUAAAAUACAAGCCAAAUAGAUUUUAAAAAAAUUAGGUAGUAGCACUAUACUAAGCUUAACAGGCAGUAAUUUCAUUGGGAAAAUGUUAAAGCGUAAACAUUCUUAUGUUUGGGGCUUUGAGCUUCUUUUGUUGUUCAUUCAAGGAAUAUAAUUGUGAUUUCUAAUUCUGAAGAAAAUAGUCUGUGUUUUCAUUUCAAAUGACGCACAUAUGGUGCUAGAGACAGUUGUGACUUAAAAGCUACUUGCUGCUCAGUCACUUAAAACUGCCUAAGUCAUGUUUUGUCUUUGUCCCAAGAAUAGCCAAAGCAUAGUCUGUCAGGUUCUGGAAUGAGCCUGGGAGCUCACCUAUCAUUUUGUAUCUCUUGCUACAUUGUGAAGGAAUUUAUUAAUUUAAAAAUUUUGGGGUGUAGCUUCAUAUACUUCGUAUUCCUGAAGUUGUGUGUUUUCCUGUAUAACAUGAUUGAGUCUUUUAUGCAUCAGCUUUUGUACAUAGAAAGACAAUGGGAUUUGUGUAUUACUUGUUCCAUCUAAGUAUAUUUGGCUUUAUCAGAGGAGUCUGUUCUGCACUUAAGUUACAAUUCCAGAAAGCCUCAAACACUUCACAUGAAAACUGAAAGAGAAAAUUGAAGUAUUAUAGGAUCCUUGGAUAUGAUUCCAGAUUGCAUGGAAGAAAUACUCUUGAGUAUUUGAGAGCCCAAAAUGUCAUUUACAGAAGUAUUGUCACAGUGAUGCAGUCAGAGGCAUCACUGUUAAAUUGAGAGUCUCCAGUUGGGAUGUUGAAUUGAAGAGCUCUCUUUUCAAGUCUGUCAGUUAAAUAUCAACCAUUGUCUUUUUGGCUGGGUCUUCCACAAGUUUGCCCUGUGCUUUUUGGAUGAAAGCUUCUGUGGGCAGUGGCAGCAUUCUUUCCCUAGAAUGUGAGCAACUUUCUCUAAAACCACACUGCCUUCGGAGUUUUACCAGCUCUUGCUUAAAACCUUGAACGUUCUCUGAUAGGAUUUAUUAAGAAGGUUUUUUGAAGGCUCCCUGAGUCCAAUGGCCAGCACUACAUUUAAUUUACAAAUUGCUCUAAAGGAAGAUAGCACUAAAGCGAUCUGGUUUUCAGUCUCCUCUUAAUGGACCAUUACUUUGGCCAGCAGUAACCUGAACCAGUUAUUACUAAUAAAAAGCAACAGAAACAUUUUACUGAAAACUUCAGUCAGCUGGAUUAUGCCUUAAUUUAAGGCAUUUAAUACUGUGUGAAUAUGGUUAUUAAGAAAGUAAUCUUGUGUUUAAAUAAUGAACUUGACAAAUAGCAAGGUAAGUUGGAGACUGAUUCGAAGUUCUGUUGGUUUUUGCCUUGAUCAUCUCUUAGUCAGAAUGUUGUUUGGAGUAGCUUUCUACAUAUUUAAAAGCCAGCAGCUUUCUCAUGACAAAGCAUUAGGUAUUAUAACCUACAUGAAAGUGUACUUUCACAUUUGUUCUCUUGUGUGGUUAGGAAAGAGUUUAUUUCUCAGAUUGUUCAUAGCUCAAUUAAAACAGAAGAACUGGUCACACUGAACUAGGCAUUUCACAGUUGCAGUCUGGACAGGUCUGCUUCACCUCAGGUUUUGGGGAAUUUCCAUCUGUUUUUAAGUUUAACUUUUUUCUCUCCCAAACAACAAAGAUUGCAGGGGGAAAAAAAACCAACAGCUUCUCAGUGCAGUACCUCCAGUUACAGCGUGUGAAGUGGCAACAAUUUACAGAUUUUUACUAUCUCAGUACUGUAAAAGUCAGGUGACCCUGGUGCUCCAGUUUGGCUGUGACUGUUUGGACUGAUCAGUUAAAUCUCUUCCAUCAAAAACCAAGGCUGUAUUUUUUUAUCUUUGAAAAACCUCCCUGAUCAGCUUAAUUUAAAACUUAAUAUUGUAUAGGAAAAUAUGCAUAUCAGUUCAGUAUGACUGACUGAUUUUAUUUGAUGAUUUCACAUACACAUUCCACACCAAAUUUGAGUUUUAAUAUUUAAAGUAAUUAAAAUAACAUUAAUGUUAAAACAAUGUUGAUAGGCUUCUUGUUUAUGUCUUUCACAUACUAAACCUUAUCUGUCUAGAAAUUCAGUAAGGGUUCUGUUCCUGAGAACUUAUAUGUGUUCAGAGGAAGCAUUUAUUUUAGUCAAAAAGCCCCAAACAAAUACAAAAACCCCAACGACAGCCUGACUCUUUGGAUCACAAUAUUGAGGAUCAGAUUCCUUCCUCAAGUGUUUGUCUGUUUGGUUUUGGUCUGUUUGGUCUGUUUCCUCCUGAAAGAUUACCCAAAUGCAGCCAAAGGUAGAAUGGAAUAUGAAAGACUUUACUGGGGGCAACAAGAGAAGAGUAUCUGAAACCCUCUUUAAAUUUUGUGGAUUUUAUUUUUCUUGUUACAAAUGAAGAACAUUCUAAAUGAAACAUAUAAAAAUAAACACAAAAUAAUAGAUUUGAAAAUAUAUCCUGUUUUUACCAGUGGCACUUAUAAAAGUGCAUCCACAUAUGUAAGAAUUACACUUGCGAAAAUGUUUCCUCUAAACUUGGGCAGAUGCCAGACAACAGAAAAUCUGCAGCACAACCUAUUUUCCAAAAGGUUUAUUAACAUGUUUCAUAGAAAACUUCUUUGUUUCCAAAUUUCUUGAACACUUUCUAUGGUCUUGGAUAAUUGGUCAAGCUUUCCCUUCAGAGGAUGCUCUUUUCUUACAGUACUCCUCAGUAUGCCUGUUGGUAAAAAUGUCUUGACAGUGUUUUUCAGCCAUGCACAUUUCUGUGUUUCAGCUUUGGUUUUUCCAUUCCCAAAUUCCCAGUUGGAUGCAUUGUUCAUGCAUGCAACAGAUCAUGACUACCAUGGUAGUGCCUGUUGACUUCUGAGAAUGCUGGAAACUGGUGCUGACUGUGGAACCAGACAAAACCCAGCCAGCAGCCUGUGCUGAAAUAACAGCAUUGUGAGCUUGCAGACUGUGGCUGCAGCCAUUGAUUAAUUAAUCUGCCUUGGGUAGAUGCUGUGAAUUUACCUGCAGCUCUUUAAAACAACCAGUAUUGGAUAUUUGAGAACAGUGUUUCCUUGAAGUUUAAGCAUGCAUGUGCUGUUUUAGUGCAAGAUCCAGUACUUUUGUUCUUGUCUUUAGCCCCAUGGCUGUUUGUGUGAUUCUGGUUUGUUGCUCUACAUGGGCAGUAUAGGGUGUUAAGCCCAUGAUACUUCUUUUUAACAGCAACUUCGUGGACUGUCCAUGAACAAACCAGAGUAUUCUGUAUACAGUUGCAUUAUUUGGUGUGUUAUUUGUAGUACUGUGGGCUGAAUAUGUGGGCCAAGCAGCAAUGUAUACAACUAAUGGUUAUCAAUUUGUGGCACACAGCACAUUGACACAAAUGUGAAAUACAGACAUACCAGUAGAUUGAAAUACUCAUCCUAAGCCUGCAGAGAUGUUGCUUUUUUCCAUGACAAGUAUAAUCUCUGAUGUUUUAAACUGAAUGUAGGGCUGUGUGUUCAGGCAAAUGAGGUCCAGAAAUCAUCAAAAAGGAACAAUAAAUCUUCAGUUAUUUUAAUCUCACAUGUGGUUUCCCAGCUGGGGCAGGACAUGAAGAACAGAGCUGCCCUAACAGCUUUUCAGUUUAGGAUUUUACCAGUGGUGCUGGGUAGGGUGGAGAGAGGGAGGAUAAGAAAAAACUGAAGUUGACUCAGAAAGCAUGGGGGGACACUGAAUAAAAAAGCCAGUGGAAGAGUUUGCUCCAUGAGAGUUUACUCUGUGUGCAUGAUAAAUACCCAGAAAUCUGAAAUGGUGCUGCAAAUUGGGAAAACAAUUUGUCAUUUUCAAGUAGGGAUGACAUUAGAAUUAAUAGACUUAAAUUGCAAUAAGGAAAUUUUGACACUGGUGGUAGGAAAAUCUGUGAGUGUCUGACAGGUGAAGGGCUCAGUGGGACAGGGCAGUGGCCAGUGCAUGAGCUCCUUUGGUUCUGCAAGAAGAGAAUUGAACCACAUCAACCAGAGUAAUUUCAUGCCACUGGCAAUUGGAGCCAGCCAACAAGCCCUGGCCUGCCUGUCCAGAUACAGUCUAAGGGUCAGGAUUCCAGGGUGUAGUUAUGUUAUAGCAUGAAGUUUAUCCUGGAGUACUCAAUUUAUGUAUCAUGAAUGCUGUCAAGGUGUUCUGUAACGACUGUGAUGGACAGUUCAGCUUUUGUGAGACAAAGCCUAUGUUUUCUGCUACUUAGAAGUGAUAAAUCAUCUGGAAAGAAUCCACAUUAAUUUUUUCUUUUUUGUCUAUGUUUAAUUUCUUAAAUUGCUUCUGGCACCCUGGAACAUUUUCAGAGCACGACAGCUUUGUGUGCUACCAGAAGUUUCCUUUGGGCAGUGGCAUUUCCUUCCACUGAUCCUCUCUAUCAUUUCUAUUUAUCAAUUAUGUGCUCUUCUGUGAGGGUUCUACCUUUUCCAGUUUUGAAGUUAAAUAUUCAAGUUAUGUGGAGGAAAGAUUACAUUUUGCUAUCUGUAGAUUAGUGGUAAGUGAUGUAUUUAAAUUGGAUUUUCUUGAAUUGGGAACUAGUGUACUAUAUGCAAUUAUCUAUAAUUUCAGGAACUAGCAGAGGACUUAACUUCCUGUGAUGCAGAGGCUCAGGCUUGGUUCUGUUUCCCAGAAGCCCUUGGUGAGUCCAACAGCCAGGGGUUACAGGUGCACAUGCUCCUCCGAUUAUUUGGAGCCACUGUUACAGUUUAUCCAGUUUUCUCAUAAUAUUUUUCUGCAUGUCAACAUGCAGAAAUAGCUCCAUGUGGCAAACUUCAUCCUGGUGUUUGUCUCUGAGAAAUUCUGAGAUGAUCUGCAAGCUAGGUUUUUUUUUCAGUUGGGAACUGCUUCCAGCUGACAGCCAUGCACUGCAUGUUGUGAACUGACUUCCAGUGUAAAUAUUGGUCAGCUGAAAAUAUGCUGACAUGGUUUCAAAGUAAACCAGCUCAUCACCUGCUUAUGCCCCAUCCCUGAAAUUUCAAGGCUAGGCUGGAUGUGGCCCUAAGCAACCUGAAUCUAGUGGAUGGCAUCCCUGCCCAUAGCACAGGCUGGAAUGAGAUGAUCAUAAAGGUCACUUCCAACCCAAACCAUUUUGUGAUUCUAAGAUUUUAUCAUAACUCCUAAAGAAAUAGGUGGCUUGGGCUGGUAGGAGCCCUGUUGACAGCCAGGUCCUCACAGUCAAGUGCUGCUGGAAGAUCUCCAGCCCUGAGAACGUGAUGCUGCAUGGGCAGCAACAACCUCUUCAGUCAGGGCAGUGAGGCCAGCGAGAUUUCCAGAGCCUGACCCUUGGGGUACACAAGAGUCAUAUCUGAUGGUGUUUCCAAUACAGUAACUUCUUCCUUAAGCCAGAGGUUUGAAAUGGCUAGAAAUAGCUCUUUUCAUCUGAAACAUAUAUCUGAAGUCAUGAAAUUGCCACAAACCUGCAGCACUUCUGCACUGUGGAUCCAAGCCUUGAACCAGAAUGGUGGGGAGCUGGUGAUGUUUGGGGAGGAGCACAAUCCUUUACAUGGUUUCCCCAGCAAGGAACCAGAAGAGAAUUUUAUUGUUCUGCUCUGACUGAUGUUGUUCUGAUUUAUGUUUAACAAAAACUUCAAAACAGUGGUUCAGGUUUAGUUUGACAAAGUAAAAACCCACAGUGGUGUAGUUUAAUUUGGUUUGGGUUGUAAUCUACUUUUUUCAUAAUCAGUAAUGGAGACUUCAAAAGUGUUUAUCAGAGGUGUUACAGCAGACCCUAAGUUGUCAGCAAGCCUCUGAUGGCCAGUUAGUGCAGUGCCAGCCUGUGCUGGGAAGCAUGUCACCAGUUUGUCUUCAACUCAUACUUUACCACUUAUCUCCUCCAGUGACCUUUUGACUCUCAAGCCUCAGAGAGUCCCACAGUCAGCAAUGACUGUUGGAGAGCAAGAAGGAAUCUCUUGUGUCACAACACACUUCUGGUGUUGUAUGAAAGGCAUGAAAUGGAAUUGGCCACUAUGCUCAGCCUGGGGCCUGGGUCAUAAGCUGUGUUCCUCACAGGGCUGAACACACUAAACGUCUUUGAUCCUAAAGCCACUGACAGGAACUAUGAGCUCUGGUACUUUCAGCCUAGCAACAUAGGAAAGCAAAACCUAAGAAAAAUCCAGAUUUACAGCCCUGCCCAUGGUUGCUCUGCUCAUUGCUGACCAUGUUCCUUCAAGGCUGGAGGAACUGGGGUCUGAUAACCCACCAGCAACCCCGAGCCCCCUGUGACCCCUGCUAGUUUUACUUUACUAAAACUGCAUCAGAAGUGCUGUGGGUGUGGAUUGGUGGGAGGCUGGAUGCAAAAAUUUCAAGCAGCAUAAAGAUUAUUUACAAGAUAAGACCCAUUUGGUUAAAAUGCUCGUUUCUUGGAUGCUUGAACAGUAGCUGCUUUUAGAGAGGAAGUUGAUUCUUGGAGAUAACAUUAUCAGUAGAACAGUCUUUAGUGUCUGGUGUCUUUGUGGAAGGACUUUGUAAUGGUAUUCAAAUAGUAGUAUAUAGGGUAUUGUUAUGAAGAGUGCAAACUAAAAGAUUGUUAAUUUUAGCACUUGCAAAUGCAUCUUGUUUACCUCUGAAUAUGUACGCAUAAAGAAUAAACUUUAAGCUCAUUUCAGGUACUGAAGGAAA